AUGUUCACCUUUAACUUGACAGUCUUGUUAACUCAUCCUUCAUUCCCUAGCCCCUCACCCUCUCAGCUCCUCCAACACUACCACCUCCAACCACGGGGCCUUCUGGGAAUCUUGCUGGAACAAGGAGUAGCUGAAGGCUUGCAGGUCAUAGUCCCUGAAAAGACGAAGAAAGCUAUGUUGUUCCAGCCAGUGGUGCUUAGCUGCCGCUUCAGCACGUCCUCCCAGCAGCCAGCCGUCAUACAAUGGAAGUUCAAGUCCUACUGCCAGGAUCGGAUGAAGGAAGCCUUGGGCAUGGCCACAGCCGGGGCUCAGCCCCUCAGCAAAAGGAACCUAGAGUGGGACCCUUAUCUGGAUUGUGUGGACAGCAGGAGGACAGUGCGAGUGGUGGCUUCGAAGCAAGGUGCCGUGGUCACCCUUGGAGAAUUCUACCGGGGAAGAGAUAUCACCUUUGGGGAAGGUGCAGAGCUCAAGAUUGGGAAAGUCAUGUGGGGAGACAGCGGCCUCUAUUACUGUAUAGUCACCACCCCUGAUGACGUGGAGGGCAAGAAUGAGGACUCAGUGGAACUUCUUGUGCUGGGCAGGACAGGGUGGCUUGCUGCUCUCUUGCCAAGUUUUGCUGUGAAGAUUAUGUCAGAGUGGGUGUUUGUUGGACUGGUGAUCCUGGGAGUCUUCCUCUUCUUCCUCCUGGUGGGAAUCUGUUGGUGCCAGUGCUGUCCACACAGCUGUUGUUGCUACGUCAGAUGUCCCUGUUGCCCAGACUCCUGUUGCUGUCCUAGGGCAUUAUAUGAAGCAGGGAAAGCUGCAAAGGCUGGCUAUCCUCCCUCUGUCUCCAGUGUGCCUGGUCCUUACUACAUACCCUCUGUUCCUGUUGGAGGGGUCUCUUCUUCUGCCAUGCUGAUGGAUAAGCCACAUCCACCUCCCCUGGCAUCAAGUGACUCCAUUGGAGGAAGCCAGAGUGUUCGUAAAGGUUACCGGAUCCAGGCUGACAAAGAACGAGAUUCCAUGAAAGUCCUCUAUUAUGUGGAAAAGGAACUGGCACAGUUUGAUCCAGCCAGAAGGAUGAGAGAAAGAUAUAAUAACACCAUUUCUGAACUCAGCUCCUUGCAUGAAGACAAUGGAAAUUUCUGUCAAUCUUACCGCCAGAUGCGGAGGAAGCCGCUCCCUUCUUUGGGGAACAUGGAGAGCGAUACGGACUACUGGACGGGUGUAAUGGGAAACAGUGGUGGGUCAGGACAUGGGCCCUCAUCCACCAAUUAUAACAAAGAGGAUCGAGACAGCUUCAGGCACAGCCAGCAGCGAUCCAAGUCAGAGAUGUUGUCACGGAAGAAUUUUGCCAUGGGGAUGCCAGCUGUCUCCAUGGAUGAGUUGGCAGCCUUUGCAGACUCCUACAGUCAGCGGUCUCACCGAGGCGAGGGCAACAGCCAAGAGCCUCAUGGGGGGAGUCGCUUCGAGAGAUCCGAGUCGCGGGCCCACGGCGGGCUCUAUCACGAUGGUUCCCUAGAGGAAUAUUAUAGCAAAAGGAGCCGGAGCCGCGAGCCCCUGACAGACUCAGACCGGGGCUGGUCCUAUAGCCCUCCCCGAAGACGGGCCAAUGAGGACAAGCACCUGCCUCGGCUGGUGAGCCGGACCCCAGGCGUGGGCCAGAAGUACGACCAUCCCUAUCUGAGCAGCGUCCUGGAGAGGAAGUCCAGGGGCGAGGGCAGCAGUGGGGGCGGAAGCCUCGAGACCCCGUCCAAGCGGAGCUCCCAGCCCCUCCAAAGGAGCGGGAGCUACUACGCCUGGUCGCCACCAAGCACCUACAAAGCCGGGAGCGGGCAGCAGCCGUCACCACAAGCCGGGGAAGAGGACGAGAUGGAAGAUGCCUUACCGCCCUACAGCGAGCUGGAGCUGACGCGGGGCCCCUCCUACAGGGGCCGGGAGUCCUUGUACCAUAGCAACUCAGAAAAGAAGAGGAAAAAGGACUCCCUCAAGAAAACUGUGAGACCACGUCUGGUGCUCCUGAUCCAAGUGGGAUGA